AUGAAACCUUAUGUUUACCAAAAGAGUAAAAAGAUUUAUAUUUUAGAUUGGGGAAAAAUUAUUAAGAGUUGUGAUAAAGUAGAGGAUUAUAUUGAGAAAGUAUUGGGAGAAGGGAAAAAUAUUCUGUUUUUAGCCACCAAAAAAUCGGCCCGGGAAAUUGUGAAAGAACAAGCCCUUAAUUGCGGAAUGCCUUUUAUUAAAGAGCAAGUAAAAAUUCAAAAGAGACAUAAAGAAUUGUAUAGUGUUUACGAAGGGGUGGUGAGUUGUGAGCAACGACCUAAUGCGUUAUUUAUUAUUGGCUUAGAACAAGAAAAAACCGCUUUAAAAGAAGCCAAGAAAACCGGUAUUCCAGUAAUUGCCGUUUGUAAUACCAAUUGUAAUCCCCAAUUGGUUGAUUAUGCCUUACCAGGCAAUGAUGAGGAAAAAACAGCAGUUAAUUUUUUUGCCAAGAGGACCGCACAAAAUAAGGUCGUGCUUUAUCAUGCGGAAAACAGCGAGAUUAAGGAAGUAUACGAGGCGACCAAAAAUAACAGCAAUUAUCGGGCGAUGUUUCGGAAUUGUUGGGACACGCUGGUAAUGAAUUUUAGUGAUGAGGAACACGCCCCCGAUAAGGGCGAGGUCGGUGGUUCGAUUCCACCUAGUCCUACCAAGUUUAUAAUUUUUGGUGUUUGUGGAGGCUUGAAAUUUACUACUCUGGAUAAGCAAAUAAAUAAUCAAGCCAUCUUACAAAUGGAACGAGCCGAAUUGACCCAGCAAGUUCCCCAACCGGAUGAAAAAGAAAAUAUCACUCUACAAGUUAAAGAUUUAAAAAAACGCAAUAUUGGAUUUGAAAGUGAGAAAUAA